AUGUUACCCCGCACUGUGCCUAUCCUCGUUCUUGCAGCCACCGCGCUCGCAGCUGCUGCACCGCAAUCGUCACCCGCCAUACCGACGGUCCUGGAGCCAUCCGAAUCCAAAGCCCUCCUCUAUCUCCACCGCAAGCUUAUAGAAACCGAAUCGAUAGGCGGCAAUGAAAAAGACGUCGGCGACUGGCUCACCAAAUACCUGCGCGACCACAAUUGGACUGUAGAGCGACAACAGGUCUCCAGAGACCGUUAUAAUCUCCUUGCCUACGGCAGCAAGCGCGAGACCACCAUUCUCCUCUCCUCACACAUCGAUGUCGUCCCACCGUACUGGCCGUACUACUACAACGAGACUACAGGUAUAAUAGGUGGGCGGGGCAGUGUGGACGCCAAAGGCAGUGUAGCGCCUAUGAUUAUCGCGGCAGAGGGCAUCAAGACACACCUGCAAGACGACAUAUCAUUGCUAUUUGUCGUGGGCGAGGAGACGGGUGGCGACGGCAUGCGCGCCUUCAGCGACUGGUCUGAGCGACCUUCGUCGCACGAAAUCAUCAUUUUCGGAGAGCCCACAGAGGCAAAGCUCGUCUGUGGACACAAGGGUAUGCUGGGGUUUGCCGUCAGGGCAACGGGUAAGGCGGCGCACUCGGGAUAUCCCUGGCUGGGCGUGAGCGCAAACGACAUCAUGGUCGACGCGCUGGGCGAGCUGCUCAAGCUAAGGGAACAUUUGCCUUGGAGCGAAAAGUACGGGAAUACCACAAUGAACUUUGGGCGUGUACAAGGCGGUGUCGCGGCAAAUGUGGUCGCCGAAACCGCAACGGCAAACAUUGCUACACGCCUCGCUGCAGGAACCCCUGAACUAGUCCGCGGACUCAUCAUAGACGCGCUGAAAGGAGUCAAGGAGUCCGCGCAGCAAGCAGGCGGCGACCUCGACGUCGAGUGGGGAAGCGAGGGCUACGGCGUCGUAGACAUCAACUGCGACAUUGAAGGCUUCGAGACAAUGACGGUGAAUUACGGUACCGACGUGCCGAAUCUCUCCGGCGACCACAAGCGGUACUUGUACGGCCCUGGCUCCAUCUUCGUCGCGCAUUCAGAUCACGAGGCACUUAAGCGCAAGGAGCUCGAAGAAGCCGUGCUCGACUACCGCCGUCUCAUAAUCAAGGCUACGGAGGUGCGCAAGCAGGAGCAGCGCGGUGAAGAAGUCAUUCAAGACCAGAUUGAACUGUAGUGUAAAAACGGCGAAUAGCUAGCCAUGUAUCUAUAUAUACCCCCAAGUCACGCAAUCAUAAUGAC